CCCGCGCACUGGCCGAAAAGGUUCGCAUCUCUGAGUUUCGAGAGAAAUUUCUGGGCCGAUAUCCCAGGUCGCUCCAAAACGCUGCUCAGGUCGCACUGGGUCUGUAUGAGGUCAAGCCGAAGGACUCCGAGUCCGGAGAGAAGGCUCAGAUGAUUGAGCUGGACGGCGCUGAUGAGGCUACAUGGGCUGAGCGCACAGAGCGUGAGCUUGCCAGAAGCCAGGAGUGCGAGAGGGUAGAAUCUCUGAUGAAGCAAUGCAAGACUGAUGCAGAGCUGUGGAGCGUCAUGGAGAAGGAGGUUUUCUCGUUGCCCGAAAAGCUGCAUAUUGCACAGACAAAGCGAGCCGCAAAGGGCAAAAAGAAGGCUCGGCAGUCGAAUGAAGAACGAGUGAUGGAUAUUCACGGACCGCUAUACUCUCGAUUCCUCAGCACGGCCUUGGACCUCUUCAACUCGGCCUUUGCUCGACCUUCUCCGUACAUAUUCCAGAUCCUCCCCCGCAUCAAGGAACUCGGCUUACCGUCCUUUGUCCUUGGCGUCUCGACACCGUUUUAUUCCAAGCUGGCCGAGAUCCACUGGCAGCGCUUCGGGGAUGCCAACUCUGCGCUUGACAUGCUGGAGGAGAUGAAUUCUGCAGGCCUAUUUGCGAACAAAGAGGCGAAUGGCCUUCUCUCGCAGCUGCGCAACCACCUGCACGCCUGCACAUGGGGCGGCCAAGGCCCUUUUGUGAUGGCAAUGAUGGAGUCUUCUGAGUUUGGCAACGCAUUGAUUCAGAGGAUC